AUGGGAGGAUGCAACAUCUAUGAGAACUUUGAGACAAAGACUGUUGGUGUUGGAGAUGAUGUGACUCUGACAUGUCCUCGUGAUGCUUCUUUGUCUUUAUCACAAUUAUUCUGGUUCCGGCUCAUUUCUGGAGAUUUGCCUGAGGUUUUGGGAGGAACAUUUAGCUUUGAUUAUGACGAUGUUCACAAAACUCCUCGAAUCACAGCAAAACAAAAACCUGGAUUGUUUGUCAUGAUUAUCGAUAAAGCAAAAGUCGGCGACACUGGACUUUACUUUUGUGUGAAACAAGAGAGGAUUAAUAUGACAGUUUUAAAAGGAACAUUUCUGCAGAUUAAAGGACCAGAGCCCAGUAUCACCGCAGUCGUUCAAGACAUUUCACAGGAUCCAGUCCACCCAGGAGACCUGAUGACUCUGCAGUGUUCUGGUCUCUCUGAGUCUGAAAACAACACAUGUCCAGGGAAACACAGAGUGUUCUGGUUCAGAGCCGGAUCAGAUGAAAAUCAUCCCAGUGUCAUUUACACUCAUGGAAACAGACCUGGUGGAUGUGAGGAGAGUCCUGAGGCUCACUCUCCACAGAAAUGUGUCUACAGCUUCUCAAAGACCAUCAACUCCUCCGACUCCGGGACUUAUUUCUGUGCUGUGGCCGCAUGUGGAGAGAUAUUGUUUGGAAAAGGGACAAAGAUUGACAUCAAAGAACGAACAGCAAGUUUUGAAUUGAUCGGGCUGGUCAUAGCGAUACUCUGCUUGGUGAUUUCUCUGAUUGGAAAUGUUUCUCUCAUUUGCUUCCAAACUCCGAGAGAAGAAAGUGAACAAUCUAAAGCUGCUGUCGUCCUGCAAUUAAACAGCGAGAGGGUGACAAAUCAACAGGUAAAUCAUUUAAAGAUGUUCAUAUUGUCGUUAUGUUUUUGUCCGUUUAACAGCUCAUGUCUAUCUUUUCCCAGAUUGAUGAGGAGACUAAAGUUUACUCUGCUGUGGUCUUCACCAUGAGGAAAGCUGACCGUGGUGCAGUGAAGGAUGCAAAAUUAGCGCAGAGGAAAAGGAUGUGUGCUGCUGUGAAGGAUUUUGGUUUGAAUUAGUGAGUGAAAAGGUCCGUUUGGCUACAUGUGAUUUAGCUGGUUUUAGUUUGUUUAAAGCUUAAGAAAAUGCUGAUUACCUCCAAAUAUCUACACUUAGAUAACUUAAGGAGGUGCUAUGAAUAUUCUAUCAGGCAGGUUGUGACUGUAUUGGUAUGUGUAUGCAAAUGAUAUUCUAUAAUUCAUAAUAAAAUGUAUUUGUCAAACCUCCUUGGAUUAAAGGACUGUAACAUUCAAGCUU